AUGUUAACUCUGAAAGGAGGAAGCAGACCACCAUGGGUAGGUUUAGGAGCAUCAGUUUGGGUUCAAAUAGCAUCAGGAAACACCUUUACUUUUCCUCUAUACUCACACUCUUUGAAAUCUGUUUUGGGUUUCAAUCAAAGGCAAGUUACACUUCUUGGUGUUGCUAAUGAUAUUGGUGAAAACGUUGGUUUGCUUCCUGGUAUCGCUUGCAAUACGUUUCCGCCUUGGCUUAUACUCUCUGUUGGUGCUUUUGCUUCUUUUCUUGGCUAUGGUACUCUCUGGCUUGCUGUUAGCCAAACAGUUACCAAUCUUCCUUAUUUGCUGCUUUGGUUUGCCCUUGUUAUUGCUUCCAACAGUAGUGCAUGGCUAACCACCUCAGUUCUAGUAACCAACAUGAGAAAUUUCCCUGUUAGUCGAGGCAAAGUUGCGGGAAUCCUGAAAGGUUAUGGAGGACUUAGUGCUGCAGUUUUCACUCAAAUUUACAGCCUACUGCUUCAUAACAAUUCUUCUACGUUCCUCAUGUUGCUGACGAUCGGUAUUCCAGUUGUUUGUUUCAGUAUGAUGUUUCUUGUUAGGCCUUGUACACCGGCUUUAGAUGAAGACUCCACAUCUAGUUCUCAUUUUAUCUUUAUCCAAUGUGCAAGUGUUGUCUUGGGUGUAUAUCUUCUUGCAACCACGAUAUUUGACUCUCUCGGGCAAGGAAAAGAUGACAAAAUAGAGCCGCUGCUGGGAUCUUCGUCAACAGGAGCGCUUGGAAGCUCGAACGAUGAUGAUUCAUCUGAGGUAGCUAUGCUUCUUGCGUUAGUUACUGUUCUCAAUAAUCUAGCCCAAAUAGGUAUUGCACAAGGUGAGGGAGAUACUACAACUUUACUGUCAAUUUUCAGUUUUUGCAAUUUCGUUGGUCGGCUUGGUGGAGGAGUUGUUUCAGAGCAUUUUGUCCGGACCAAAUUGCUCCCAAGGACAUUCUGGUUGACAUGCACCCAGACAGUCAUGCUAUUGGUAUAUCUUCUAUUUGCCUAUGCUGUAAAUGGAAGCCUUUACCCUGCAGUGGCAUUUCUUGGUGUCUGCUACGGUGUGCAGGUUUCCAUAAUGAUCCCUACCGUUUCUGAGCUUUUCGGUUUGAAAAACUUUGGCGUAUUAGGCAACGUCAUGUCGUUGGGUAAUCCACUUGGGGCAACCAUUUUCUCAGCUCUGCUAGCGGGUUCUAUAUAUGACAAAGAGGCAGCAAAGCAGCACGGUCUUAGCCUGCACGGUCUUGACCUUUUGGCUUCUGAAGUUUCCUGCAUCGGCCCAGAUUGCUUUAAGCUGACAUUUUUCAUUCUUUCUAGUGUUUGUGCCGCUGGCAUCAUCUUGAGCAUUAUUCUGACUCUCAGAAUUCGACCCGUUUACCAAAUGCUUUAUGCUGGUGGAUCUUUCAGAAUUCCUCAAACAUCUUCGAGUACCUAA